UGGUUCUAUCCGCCAUUCUGUUUUAUGAGCGAAAAAAGUCUUAGGCCUAGUGUAAAUUUAUGUAAGGAAGAAGCUGAAUUAAAAUAUAAGAUUGUUUUUGCGUAAAGAUAUGUAACUGGGUUGUUAUAAUUAUUUUUUAAGUAACUUUCAAAUUAAGGAUACGAAGUUAUUGGAAUAAUUCAAAUCAGCAAAUAUUAUAAUUUAUAACUCACAAAUUUAUUGCUUGUGUAGUUGUAAGGUUAGAACUUGCAAGUUACAUAGUACCGAAUUACUUGGUAGGCUUAACGAGUUGAUGUGAAACGCUCAUGCUUGUAUUACUAGCCUGACUAACUAAACGCUUAAGAUGUGGGAAGGAGGACCUUGGCAGCACUGGCAUUUACAAGCUUCUAUGUACCAUAAUGUGCCACAUGAGCAGGUUGAUUGGGCAGCUUUGGCCAAGCAGUGGAUUCAGAUGCAACAAUUUCAGCAAACAAUGGAAGACACCCCCUUACCUUUAGAUCAAGAGGUACCACCUCCACCACCACCACCACCAUUGCCACCUCCACCCCCUCCAAUUGAAGAUAGCAACCCUCCAAUGCAGGAGACUAUAUUGACAAGUACAGAAACUACAUUGCCUGGUGUAUCUAAUGGAAGGGACUCUCAAGUAAAUUCCGUGGGAGAUGGGACAUUUGUCCAUAGAAACGUUAUUGGUAAUUACUGGGGAGGCUGGGGAAUGAACAUACCUGCACCUUGGGGACCUGCAUCAGAGGAUUCUGCCACUACCAGCACUGCAGUGGGGAAAGAGGCCUUCGACUAUGGACACAUGCAUGGUAAUCUACCCUUGAACGCCCAAAGCUAUGAGUAUAAUCAUGGGUCAGAUCAAUAUGCCUUCAAUCAGGCAAUGUUUCCUCAAGCACAGUCUGACCCUCAAUUUCCAGAACUGGAUUCUCAGUUUCCACUACCAAAUCAUCAGUUUUCACAACCUGACCCUCAGUUCACACAACCCGACCCUCAAUUUCCACAGUUUUGGCAGCCAGUUCUUCAGCCUCCAGACAUUCUAGCCCCUCCCUCUUUCAUGAAGAAGAACAAAAAAGACUUCACUGAUAAUGAAUUAAAUAAAGCUUUGGAGGAUACAACACAGUUAGAUGCUGUAAAACGCAAGCAACUCCCAGCAUGGAUUCGAGAAGGUUUGGAAAAAAUGGAAAGAGAACGUCAGAAAAAAAUUGAGAAAGAAAAAGCUAAGAUGGAAUUGGAACAAAAACUGAAAACAGAGAAGGAAGAUAAGGUGGUUGCAGAACAUGAAGUUAAAGAAGAAGAAGAGUUAGAAACUCAUAGCUCCCCUGCUCAAGUGCUGAAGAGCAAAUUUGAAAGUGACAGUGAGAAUGAGGAGGGGCCACAGCAGAAUUUUGUCAGUAGGAGUCCAUCAUCUUCCCAUGUAGGCAAAACUGAAUGUUCUCCCCCUACAAUAGCCAUUAAGUCUGAGGAAGAAAGAAAACAAGAAAUGAUUUUGAAAGUGAGAAGGUUAUUGACUGAAAUUCUCCUUGAAGUAACUAAUGAAGAACUUCAGAUCUGUGCUGAAGAUGUUCACAAAAAAGCUGUGAAUAAAGCUCCAGCUCGACAGCUGGCCUCCUCAUCAGCUCUGGCCUCUCUAGCGAGUGGACUUGGAGGCCUAACUGGGUAUGGUAGCAACAGCGAAGCAAGUGGUAGUGAGGACAGUGGCUCAGAAGAUUCUGAUGAGGAGCUCCAACAAAAGAUCCGUGAAAAAAAGAAAAGAUUUGCCCUGAAAGAGAAGGAAAUUCUUGCUGCUAUAGGAGAAGAGGAAGCAGCUGAAAGAGAGAGGGAAAGUCUACAGAAACAAAAAGCCCUGAAAGAAGAUUUGCAUCAGUCCAGCAUCACCGAGCUGGAUGAAGAUGAGAAAAAACAUAACAUUGAUACAGUAGCUGAAAUGCCAAUUGUACAAAACGAAUCCCAAGAAGUUCUAAUAAACAGCCCUAAAAAUAAAUCUGAAAAAAUUGAAAGAAAGGAUGUAAGGCAUGAAGUUGUAGAAAGUAAAUCAGUUUAUGAAGAUAGUGUAAAAAUGAACGAUGAAAGUUACAAUGGAAGUGAGGAAUCAGAUAGUGACACUGCUUCUAGUCACUCACAAAAUUCUGAAGUUGGCACAGGAAGUAGUUCAUCUGAUACUGAAAAUAAAGCUGAGCAUAAGGUUUUGCAGAUGAAGGCUAAGACAACUGAUUCGAGUGUUACUGAUUCAGAAGAUAGUAGUCGGACUAGAAGUCCAGUUAGAGAAAAGAAAGAGUUAAAAAAUCCAGAUAGUCAUAGAAAGCAACAUAGUAGGCCAAGUCCUAGUAAUACUGUUAAAAAUAGGAAAGGCAGUCACAAUUUUUACUCUCAUCACAAAAGUUCAAACCAACGUAGUAGUAGCGAAAGAAGAAGACAUAGUAGGAAAAGUGAUAAUGAACGCAGGUCCUGUAAAAGUAGGAGUGGAUCCUUAAAUAGAGAGAAAAAGGGUUUUCGUAAAAGUACAAGUAGGUCUUUAAGUAGGGAGAAAAAAGAUUUUCAAAAAAGUAAGAGUAGGUCUAUCAGUAGAGAAAAAAGGGUUUACCAUAAAAAUAGGAGCAGGGAAAAAAGGGUUUCUCGUAAAAGUAGAAGCAGAUCUUUUAGUAGGGAGAGAAGGCGUUCUCACAGAGUUAGGAGUAGGUCCUGUAGUAGGGAUAAAAGGGAUUUUCGUAAAAGUAGAAGUAGAUCUUUAAGUAGGGAGAGAAGGCAUUCUCACCGAAUUAGAAGUAGGUCCUUUAGUAGAGAGAAAAGGAGUUCUCGUAAAAGUAGGUCAGUUAGUAGGGAGAAAAAAGGUUCUCGUAAAAGUAAGAGUAGGUCCUUAAGCAGGGAGAAAAGGGGUUCUAAUAGAAGUAGAAGUAGGUCGUUGAGUAAGGCUAAAAAGGGUUCUCGUAAAAGUAAGAGUAGAUCCAUAAGUAGGGAGAAAGGGGGUUCUCGGAAAAGAAGUAGAUCUUUGAAUAGAGGAAAAGAACAUCGGCUAUCGGUGAAGAAAUCAAGAAGAAAAAGUAAGAUUGAUAAAAAGAGUUUGUCUCGUUCACCAACAACGGUUAGAUCAAAAUCUAAUAAUAAGAAAAGGAAAAGUGGAAAACAUAGUCUCAGUCCUUCUAGAAGCCCUUCCAGAAGCCCCAAAAGAUCAAAACGGAGAAAAAGUAGGUCCAGCAGUUCAGAGUGAAGUGUUGGGUAAGGAGGCACAAGGCUUUGUUUGCCAUAAACAAGUUUGAAGAAAUGCAACAGAGAAGAAAUACUUUGAGGAAUAAAUGCAGUAUUUCCUGUAAAUAAUGCCACCAAGAUGACGUCAUUGGCUGCUUUUCAGAACCUGGUUCGUAGUGCAUAAGUCAGAAUGGUGAUGUUGAAUGACCAGUGUCCCUUUCUAUCAUUUUCUUCACGUUCUCUUUUUUGUGUACAUUUGCAAUAAACACCCUUUUUUAUAACCACUA